CAAGAAAAAUGCAAUACACACCAGCAAAAAAUGUCAUUUGAUCAUCGAGAAUAACCGAUUUUUUCAUGUUUUGAAAUAGAAUUUUUGGUCUUCCUUUUUUCUUCUCUCCAGGUUGCUAUUAAUUAUUCAGGAAAAGAAAGUAAAUAGAGAUUGACAAUGAAAAUGACCGAAAGAUUUGAAUCCUCAUCAACAACAACAUCAUCCUCUACCAAUAGUGGUGGUGCUGUUAUUAAUAAUUAUAAUAAUAAUAAUAAUUCUUCCGCUGAUCUUAUUUUGGUUACGAAACAUAAAAGACUUAAAAAUUCAUCAAAAUCAUCAUCAUCAUCAGCAACAACGAUGAUUGAAAAUAAUAAUUCUGUAUUUAUUGAUAAUCCAUUGAGUGUUGAUACAUCAUCAUUAUCACCAGCAGCAGCAACUAUUGUAAAUGGACAACAAUUACCAAUGGAAAUAGCAACAUCAUCAUCAUCAUUAUCAUCACCAACUAAACCAUUAAAAAUUGUAUUAAAAGUUGGCCAUGCUGGUUCAUAUUCACCUGCAUCAUCAACAAAUACAGCAACAUCUUUUCUUAAUAAUCAGAAUAAUAAUACUGAUAAUAAUCAUGUUGUUAUUAAUAAUGAUAUUUCAAAAGAUUCAAGAAUAUUUUCUAUUGAAUUAUUACCAUUAAAUAGUGAUGCAUUUCAUCAUAAUAAGAAACAUCAUCACCAUCACCAUCAUCACCACCAUCACCAUCAUAAUCAUAAUAAUAAUAAUACUAAUCAUAAUGAUCAUCAAUCACAAACAAAUUCAAUCGACCAAAGUAAAGAAUUAAAUAAUAGCAGCAGUAGUAGUAGUAGUAGUAAUAAUAACAACAACACCUCUAUUGUUAACGAUUUUGUCAACAAUGUAAAAAAUGUAAAUAAUAAUAAUAAUGAAAAUGAAAAAACGUUACAAAUCACCGAUUCUUUGCCAACAACAACAACAACCUCAUCUAAUAAUAUUAUUAAGAAUUCUUUAUCGAAUGUUGAUGAUCAAACAGUUAAUAAUAAUAAUAGUGAUUGUAUGGAAUUAUCGGAUGGACAUUCAUUCAAAGAAAAUUCUAUCGUUUUUCCUGAACAAACUGAUAAAACUAUUCAACAUCAAGAAUCAGUUGAAAUGAUUGAUGAUAAUGAUGAGGAUAAUGAUGAAGAAGAUGAUGAUGUUAUAUUAUCAAUGAAUCAAGAUUCAAUAUUUUCAUCAGUCGAUUUGAUUGAUGUUGAUUCAUGUUCAAAAUUAGAUAUAUCAGCACUUGUACCUGAUGAUGGUGAUGAAAUGAUUGGUGAAUUAAAUAAUGGUGGUCAAAUGAAUAAUAGUGGUGAUGAUUCACAACAAUCUGCAUUUUUUGAUUUGAAAUCAUCCGGAAAUAAUAAUAAAGAUAUACAUCGAAAAUUAAAAUCAACAUCAUCAGUUUAUCGGCAAUUAUUACAAAAAGGUUAUGUUCGUUGUGAUUCAAAUAAUCUAUAUGAACAUCUGAGAAGGUGUGAAAAAAUGAAAAAUUCAUUAACAAAAUUUCGAAAAUCAUCAUCAUCAUCAAAUCAAAUUGUAUUUCAAAAUUUUCUACUAUCCUUAUUGAAACGUCUUGAAAUGAAAGAUCCACAGAAAUUAUUUGCAUGGCCUGUAAUUGAUUCAUUAACACCUGGUUAUUCACAAAUUGUAAAACAUCCAAUGGAUUUUAAUACAAUAAGAAAAAAAAUUGAACAUAAUAUUUAUCAAUCAGUUGCUGAAUUAAAAUAUGAUGUAAGAUUAUUAUGUGAAAAUGCUAUCCGAUAUUAUCGUCAUUCAGGAAUGCAUUAUUGUCAAGCAUCACGUUUAUGGUAUUUUGCUAAAACACGUAUAUUUGCACGUGAUCAAUUAGCUGAACAAUUAAAACAAUUUCCACCAUUAACAAUAUCGGAUUUAGGUAUGGAUAAUCCGAAUAAAAUUUCAUUGAAUAAAUUGAAUGGAACAAAUACGACGACAACAACAACAUCAACAUCAUCAAUCAUAACAAAUGGCAUUUCAUCUGCAAAUGUAAAAAAAUUUCCAGAAACAUUAACAUUACAAUCAUUAUUGAAUGAUACAAAAUGUGAACCAAUGUUAAAUGUUGAUUAUAAAAAUGGAUUUACUGAUUGUUUCAAUGAUACUAAAGAGUUAAUAGAACAAACACCACAACAAAUUUUACAGGAACAUCAACAAAAACUUCAACAACAACAAUCUUCUUCUGUCACCACCAAUUCUACUACUGCUGUAGAAAUUCCCGAAUUAACACUUUCACGUCCAGAAAAGAAUAAAAAUAUUAUUUUUAAUCGUCAAAAUGAAGAUGGUACAACAACAUUACCAUUCAUUAUUGAUAAUCGUAUUAAUGUUGGUCAAUCAAAUGAUAAUAAUAAUGAUCAUCAAAUAAUAACAUUAGGUCAUUUAACUGGUACACAUUUAAAUGAAGGAACAACAUCAUUACCAAUAUAUCAAUUAUCUGAAAUGGAACGUAUUUAUCCAUAUAAUUAUACGGAUGAAUUAUUAAAAAAUUCAUUCAUUAGUCAUCUACCUUAUAUGAAUUCUGAUCAAUCAACAAUAAAUCAUAAUGAUACAUUAUUAUUAUUUAAUACAUUUGAUAAAUUUGAACAAACAAAACAUAAUGAAGAAAUUGAACGUAUUGCAAAUGAUGGUGAAUAUUUAAUGAAAUCUUAUGUUGAUUCAUUAUUAUCGAUUGUAUCGAAUGGUGAUUAUCAACCACCACCAAAUACACCACCAACUGAAUCAAUAACAGAUAUGGAUUUGGAUUUGUGUAGUGUGGAUAAUAUUGAUGAAAAUUCGGAAGAAUCGGAAAAAGAAGAUCUUUUACAAAAACGUUUGAAAGAAACAAAACAACUUUUAGAAAAUUUGGAAGAAAUACAACAAAAACGUUUAAAACAAACAAAUGAACCAAUACAACCAUCAUCUGAUGAAAUUGAAGUUGCUGAUAAAGUUACAACAAGUUUAGUUGAUAUUAUUAAACAAUGGUUUAAUCCACAAGAUAUUGUUGAUGAUAGAAUUAUUCAUCAAAAUCUUGGAAUCGAAUUCAAUUACGAUGAUAAUAAUCAAACUGAACAACAAUCAACAUUGACUGAUCAAUUAAGCAAUCAUUAGAUUAUGAAUAUUGAAAAAAAAACCGAAUCUUGAAUCCACAUUUUUUUGGCCAUUUUUUUCUACCACCAUUUUUAGUUAAUUAAUCAACAAAAUUCAUUCAAUUUGAAAAAGAAAAUAAUUCAUCCAUAUCCACAUCAUCAUCAUCAUCAUUAUGACCAAAUAAAUUCCAAUUCGAUUCAUAAUGCCCCAAUCCUCCCUUCAUUUUAUUAUUUUUAUCAUCAUCCAAUCAAAUCAUCAAUCAAACGAGCAUUUUGUCAUCAUUUUUUUUCCAUUAAAGAAAAGUUUUUAAAAUUCAGACACUCACAUUACAUAUUACAUUUUCUCUUCUUCUUCUUCAUUGACAUUGUUCAUUAAUGUGUAUUUCAU